UCACAUAAUUUUUUUCUUUCAUUUGUUCGGUAAAUAAUCAUCAUCAAGUUUCUUUCUGCAGAAAAAAAUGGUGUCUCAUUCUAAAUUCAUUGCUUGUCGAGUAUGCGACAAGGUAUUUCUUCAUGCUCUUCCAUUGCUUUAUCACUUCGAUGAAGUUCAUGGAAGAGCAGGUUAUGUGGUCGCAACACAACGAAGUGGUUACCCUGUGUCAAGGACAACACCCUUCAAGUUAAAUUCUAUACAAUCUCAAUUUGCUUCAAGACCAAAUGAUCAUGCUAGUUUUCGUCCAAUGAUUGAAGAAUCACAUUCAAAGGGUCAAGCGUACAAUGAUAAGGAGUUGAACCUAUUUGGUUUCACAAAGCCUUUUAACAAGCAACUGGACAAGUCCUUCAAUUUUGAAAAUAUUGAAGACAAAGAUCAAAAUGUGGACUUGGAAUUAAAACUCUAGAAUAUAGUCAAAAGACCAAAGGCGUGAAAUAGCUCCUAAAAGUGUUUAGCUAGUGGUGUUCUCCCAAACUUAGGUUUUUAAUGAUGUUUUUCUUUAUGAAUAUCUUAGUUGUCCUUCUUGUCAUAUCCAUCUCUCCCCACCUCGCCUUUAUUUUAUUUUGAGUCGAGUCUUUUAAAUAUUGGUAUAAUAAAGUUUAAAACUUCUUAAAACAAAAUUAUUUCUCUCUCUUCUUUUUAUCAACAUGUUCAAGGGAUAACUCCUAAUAAGAGUGUUUCUCUACUCUCAAUGCGCAAAUAAGAGACCUCUUAUUUAGAUCACACGGAUUACAUACAUUCCACUAGAUCUUAAUUUAUAUAUAUCUAAUAUAUUAGCAAGAUUAAUUUAAAUUUGUUUUCUCACAUAGAGUUCAUUAAAUGAGGGAAGCUCUUCUGAUCAAAGCUUCUCCAUUCUCAAGGAUCGAAUACAAAACAUUUAAUUAAGAAUUAAGGAAUCACAUUUAUCCUAUCAUAUCCUUUGCUAGUAUGUGAAAGGACAUGUCUAAGAUUAUGCGACCUCUCCAUGAAAUGCAAUAUUAUUUUUAUUUUUUUUUGGUUUUUCUUUAUAAUUUUGCUAAAAACUCAAGUAAUUAUAUUUAUAUAUACUCCCUCCAUUUAGAAAAGACAAUUUUUUUUCCUUUUGGCAGUACUUUAAUUUCAGAUCUCCACAUAACACAAUUUUAGAGGCCACAAGAUUAAAAAAUAUUUUUAAGUUUUAAUACAUUUGACAUAACUUUAAUUUAGGAUCACA